AAGUGGUUUAAACAAGGAGGCCGGCUUGAAGUCUCGUUUUGAACCGAGGUUAGCGCAAGAUGGGCAUCCGUCGGCCUUUCACGAGCGCAACUUCCGGCCGCCGAACCGUCAGUGUGGGAGCUGGCGCGAGGCUCGCACACAAUCGGGAAGAUCCUGGCGAAAUAUCGCAGCGCGGCCACCAAUCAGGUUCAGGCCAGGCAAGCCCGCGCAACCGGGCCGGGGCCGGCAAGGUGCAGGAUCCGCCUUGCGUCCAAGGAGGAUCCGGACCGGGCCGGGGCCGGCAAGUGCGUCCAAGUCAAAGACGAUCAGCAGGAACAGGCGCGACAUCCCGGCGCGUGUCGCUCGUCGUGUAGAUGAUGAAGAUGUGCUGGCUACUGCCAAACAAAUCACAGGCUGUCCCUCUCAGCAGUGACUUCCUCGACAUGCUGACGCUGAGCAGCGAGGAAAAUACCGACGAGACGGAGGAUUUCCAUUUCGACGCGAAAGCCUGCCAUCGCCUGUUGCGCAAACGACCUAAGGCAACAGUAGCAGUGGCUCAAUGAUGACAUGGAAGAAAUACAAGGAAACGGCGACCGCCCGGAUCUUCUGACUGCGGAGCGUCUGCGGGCCUUGGGGCAUAAAUCUCGCGCCACCUAUUUGAGGGCGCGGCCGCCGCUCGAUGUCGCGCCUCGCCUUGUC